UAGAGAGGGAAGCACUUGCCUCUGGUGGAGUCUGCGUGAGACUGGGUGAGUGACUGGCACUUCCUGCAGAAGUUCCCUUCCCAUCUGCUCAGGACCUCACCAUGUCCACCUCCUUCCCUGAACUGGAUCUAGAGAAUUUUGAGUAUGACGAUUCUGCUGAGGCCUGUUAUUUGGGCGACAUUGUGGCCUUUGGAACCAUCUUCCUGUCCGUCUUCUACGCCCUCGUCUUCACGUUCGGUCUGGUGGGAAAUCUGUUGGUGGUCCUCGCUCUCACCAACAGCCGGAAGCCCAAGAGCAUCACUGACAUCUACCUCCUGAACCUGGCCUUGAGCGACCUGCUCUUUGUGGCCACCUUGCCCUUCUGGACUCACUACCUCAUCAGCCAUGAGGGCCUCCACAAUGCCAUGUGCAAGCUCACGACUGCCUUCUUCUUCAUUGGCUUCUUUGGGGGCAUAUUCUUCAUCACCGUCAUCAGCAUCGACCGGUACCUUGCCAUCGUCCUGGCCGCCAACUCCAUGAACAACCGGACAGUGCAGCACGGUGUCACCAUUAGUCUGGGCGUCUGGGCGGCGGCCAUCUUAGUGGCGUCACCCCAGUUCAUGUUCACAAAGAGAAAGGACAACGAGUGUCUGGGUGACUACCCCGAGGUCCUGCAGGAAAUGUGGCCCGUGCUCCGCAACUCGGAAGUCAACAUCCUGGGCUUCGCCCUGCCCUUGCUUAUCAUGAGCUUUUGCUACUUCCGCAUCAUCCAGACGCUGUUUUCCUGCAAGAAUCGCAAGAAGGCCAGAGCCGUCAGACUCAUCCUCCUGGUGGUCUUUGCCUUCUUCCUCUUCUGGACACCAUACAACAUCAUGAUUUUCCUGGAGACUCUCAAGUUCUACAACUUCUUCCCCAGUUGUGACAUGAAGAGGGACCUGAGGUUGGCCCUCAGUGUGACGGAGACAGUGGCGUUCAGCCACUGUUGCCUCAACCCCUUUAUCUACGCCUUUGCCGGGGAAAAGUUCAGAAGAUACCUGGGACACCUGUAUAGGAAGUGCCUGGCCGUCCUGUGCGGUCAUCCUGUCCACACCGGCUUCUCGCCAGAGUCCCAGAGGAGCAGGCAGGACAGCAUUCUGAGCAGUUUCACUCACUACACAAGCGAGGGAGAUGGGUCUCUCCUGCUCUGAAGGGGUCUCCCCGACCCUAGCUCCACUAGGAACCCAGAGUUCUUGCAUCAGAUUUCCCUGCCGCUCCCCCUGCAUCUUAUGUGCAAGAAAUAUGGACCAGAUGCCUGCAAACCAACCCCGUGGUGUUUUUUUGAAAAAUUUAUGUUCAAUGUGUGAAAAACACACGUAUCUCUUACUGCAAAUGUUGAACAUUGGGGCUUACUGGUGACAAAAAUUCUAACCAGAUUAGUGCAAUUACAAAGGGGUUUGGUGAGUCCUGGUUGCAUGAUCAUGUGAUAAAGGACAACUAAGUCCUCAGACUGAGUGGAAACCAAGGCUUGGCUCCAAUGUCCCCUCUCUGACCUUCAGAUCCUUCAUAGUGACAGAUCAUCCAGGUUCUAUCAUCAGAGAAGGACCACAUCUCUCUGAUUUCAAAAUUGGUAUUCCUAGGGAACACCUCCGUUGGCCGAGUGUGUCGGGUGUCCAUUCCUUGACUAGGUGGUGUUAUUGAAAUAGAAGGGAUACCUAAGAUGCUGUUGGAAUCUCAAGGUUAGCGGUUGAGAGAGACACAUCUCUCAGAAGCUGGGGGGUGGGAGCUACUCUGACAGCAAGAACUGCUGACUCGCCUUACCAUGGAGCUCAUUCAGGCUCCCCUUCAGUAACUAGCAGUAUCUGUUGCUAGCUUCUUUAAUCUUCUGUUGAGAAUGUCCUGAACUCUCCAAGGGUUAGAAUUUGGGUUACUGCUCACAGCAUCAAAUUCAAUCCCAAGGCCCUGUCCUCCAAGACCAGGAAGAUAGGAUGCAGUUCUAACAAGAGACUCCACGCUGACUCCUCAUUCCACAGGACUCCGUCCACCCAGUUGGCCAUGUCCCUUUUUCUUGUCUUGACCCACAUCCCUCCACUCUUCUCAGCCCAGGGGAAGAAAUAGAAAGAGCCAUGCCCCAGAGUGAAGGGAUCGAUUCAUAUCCCAACUCUGUUGCUUGCACAUUGGGGAGACUGGAGCCAACAGAGCUUCAGUCCCUUCAAUAUAGAAAGGGGACUGUGGUGCCUUCAUCCAUUCUAGCAUAGUACCUCAGCAAGGACUUUAGCAUUCCCUGGAUCAGGAACUGUUACCCUGCCUCUGAGAAAUGGAGCUGGUGGAGUGGGAGGAACCUGCAGGCUUUGCUGCAGGACACAGCCAGACAAGAGGAGACCUAUUCCUACAGCAUCCCCCAACAUGUGCCUAGAUCUACAAAGCCAUUCCCAUGUCCCCGCUGUCAGGGCAAGACCCAGGCCACGAGAGCAGCUUGCUUUCUCCCCUGACCCUGCAAGCAUCACGUAGGAUGUAGCCACAAGAAUGUCUUCAUGCAUUCACUGACUCCGGUCUCAUUUGCAGGCUUACAUUGAAAGUUCCAGUUCUGCAACUUGCUUUUUAAAAAACACUGGAUUUCAGGGGCUGGAGAGAUGGCUCAGUGGUUAAGAGCACAGUCUGCUCCUACAGAGGUCCCAAGUUCAAUUCCCAUGUCAUGUCUGAAGACAAGGACAGUGUAGUCAAAAAAAACACUGGAAUUCAAAUAGCUCCCUGUUCCUGUGUUGGUUGUGAUAACCAUUUCAGAAGUCUCUCCCAGCCUGUUGCUCACGGCGGCAUGUCUGAUAUCUCCUUGGCAGUCUGUAUGUUUGUGUCGAGGAUGACAGACAGACUGAGUCAUAUCCCCCACAGGCAUAUCCAACCCUUUGUUAUUGCAACACCAUGCUGUCAUAUUCAAAGGUCACAAAUGAGAACCUCAAAAUUGAGUUACCAAAGUGGGAGCCUGGAGAGAUGGCUCAGUGGUUAAUAGCACUGGCUGCUCUUCCAGAGGUCUGGGGUUGGAUUCCCAGCAAGCAUAGUAGCUUACAAUGGUCUAUAAUAUAACUCUAGUUCCAGGUGACCCAACACCCUCUUCUAAUUUGUGAGGGUAGCAGACAUGUGCAUUGUGAACAUUCAGGCAAACACCCAUACAUACAAAAUAAGUAAAAAAGAAAAAGAAAGGAAGGAAUGGAGAGAGAGAAAGAGGGGGAGAGAGAGAGGGAGAGGGAGAGGGAGAGGGAGAGGGAGGGAGGGAGAGGGAGGGAGGGAGGGAGGGAGGGAGGGAGGGAGGGAGGGAAAGGAAAGAAAGAAAGAAAGAAAGGAAGGAAGGAAGGAAGGAAGGAAGGAAGGAAGAAAGAAAGAAAGAGGGAGAGAGAGAAAGAGAGAAAGAGAGAAAGAGAAAGAGAGAAAGAGAGAAAGAGAAAGAGAGAAAGAGAGAAAGAAGAAAGAAAGACAGAAAAUUGGUUUUUCAAGAUAGGUUCUCUCUAUGUAGCCUCGGCUGUCCUGAAACUCUCUGUGUAGACCAGGCUGGCCUAGAGCUCAAAGAAAUCCACCUGCCUCUGCCUCCUGAGUACUGGGAUCGAAGGUCUGUGGCACCAUGGCAGGCUUAGUCAAUAAAUGUUUUAUUUUCAAAAGUAUCCUAUAAUGUUUUAAGUAAGUUUAUGCUUUGGUGUUGGUCUGUAUUUCCCGCUGUCUCGGGUCACAUGGUUAAGCGUGCCUAGAGUGUGUCUAUCCCACUUGUAAUUCUGUCAAUAAACAUUGGUUUCCUUCCAGCUCUUGGCA